AUGCUGACACGUCUAAUUGCUCGUAGAUUGUACUCUCCGCUUCCUCGAGCUGCAAGACACCGAGUUCUGUCCCGGCACGGUGCCAAAAGCUUAGGGGACGAAAAGAAUUCAGACAUCUCAAUAAUCCGGCAUGGGGAAUCUACGGACACCAUCAUUCAAUCUCACCAUCCUAUUGCCACCACAAUCCUCAAUGAGCCUACAAUAGUCGUGGAAAGGCAAAUGGAGAUGAUGAACGUUUUCCUUGGCUUCGAACAAGCUAAUAAAUAUGUGAUAAUGGACGCGCUCGGGAAUCGCAUUGGCCACAUGCAAGAACGAGAUUUUGGAGUUACAAAAGCGAUAAUGAGACAGUUCUACAGGCUGCACCGUCCUUUUGUCGUCGACGUCUUUGACAACUGGGGCAACGUUCUGCUCACCAUAAAAAGACCGUUUUCUUGGAUCAACUCUCAUAUCAAAGCUAUUUUACCUCAGGAGAUUCCGCUCGAAACAAGCUCGAACCCUGAAAGCCUUUCUGCUUCCUUUGGAUCUGUCCCCACCCCGCAGUCCACUUCAACAAUGGGCGAGGUGGGAACGCUGGUCGGAGAAAGCGUCCAAAACUGGCACUUGUGGCGACGCCGUUACGAGCUGUUCCAGCGCGACAAUGAGGCUGGAGAUUCUUUCACUCAGUUUUCGCAGAUAGAUGCCCCUUUUCUCAGCUUUGAGUUUCCUUUAAUGGAUGAAGAGGGCAAGAUUAUGGCUGGCGUUGACAGAAAUUGGGUUGGCCUGGGAAGAGAAAUCUUCACGGACACUGGAGUCUACAUCGUGCGGAUGGACUCUACACGAAGCUUUCAAGGCGUCUAUCCGCCAGAAAACCUAAGCGAACAGGUACUAAAUCUCGAUCAAAGGGCGGUGCUUCUUGCUAACGCUGUGUCUAUCGAUUUUGACUAUUUCUCGAGACAUUCUCGCCAGGGCGGAGGACUAAUAGGAUUUGGUGACUACGGAGAAUAA